AUACCUUUAACUAUUCCCCUUAAACAAAUUUCAAUCAAUCAUAUUGACGCAUAUGAUACAAAUCACUCAACAACUAACCAAUAUUUCGGGGAAAAUGUAUUAAAAAAAACACAAACCAUGAAAUUUAAAUUACAAAUCAUUUUUGCUUCCUUAUACAUACAUUGAUCUGUGUUAAGAAAUGACAGUUUUUCGCGAACUAUUUUUUCUAUGCAAUUUUAUGAGCACAAUUUCGUUGAGAUUAUUAUUUUCCUUAUGGACAAAUUAUUUAUACAGAGCCUGACGUUAUUAAUUGAGAGUUUUUCAGCUAUGACAUCUGGAAGUGCAUUAGUGUUCUCAAUUUGGAGCGUAUGUCUGAUAACAUUGGCAGUCAUGUGGGUUUUUGAAAUUUUCGUGAAGACCAUUGUUAAAAAAGAGUUCGUGGAUGAGAAUCUUCUGAGAAGAAUUUUCUCCGCUAUCGAGUCCUGUAAUACAAUAGAAGCAAUACAACUACUUCAGAAGAAACCUAAUUAUGUUAAUUCACAGUUGGGUAGUCUCAACUAUACACCAUUUCUGAUUGCCUGUUAUCAUGGUAAUACACUUCUGGUGAAAUAUAUGCUUCAUAUUAAUGCUGACAUUAAGUCUAAAACAAAUCGUGGAGAGACUCCCUUCUACCUGGCGAUUUGUCAUCUGAUCAACAAUCCUUUCAGUGUAGAUGCAUCCUGUAUAAGGGAACUUUUUUACGCUGGGUGCGAUGUGAACGAACCAAACUCCAAUGGAUACACUCCCCUUCACCUUGCGGCUUGCUUUGGUCAUAGGACACUUGUGAAAUGGCUUCUGGAAAAAGGAGCCAAUACAAGAGUAUCACCGUCUCCUGUUGAAUUAGCUUCUAAGCAAGGGCAUCUCGAUGUUGCAUCAACGAUUUCUACCUGGGAGAAUAGAAGAAGAAUGAUAGCUCCGAAUUGAUUUAAUAUUUUUUUAAUUCGAAAACAUAAUCUAACAUACAAAUACUUAAGAAGAACAAAAAUAAUAUUAUAAAUAGUAAAAAUGUAUAA